CAUCCCAAUUCCAUGUAUCCAUAACCUUCUCAUAAUUCGUUACACGCUCUCGUUAUGUACCGGCUUCUUAUAAGUAGCAAAAGGCCGAACGACGACAGAAACAAAUCAACCAAACUAUUGAUAUAAUAUCGAGCAAAUUAAAUAAUUAGUAGAGCUCUCACUUUUUAUUAUUCAAGUGAUUCGUAAACAUAAAUAUGGCGAGAUAUUCCUCCUUCUUGUGCUUCCUUCUGGCAGUUUUGCUCUUCACCUCCCUCGGUGGGAAAUCGGCGGUGGAAGCAGAACAAUGCGUAUCGGUAUAUGAUUGCAAUGGCGGAAACGAUGCUUGCAACAAGAAAUGCCAAGCUAUUUUCCAUGGGGUCGGAACUUGCAACGACCCCAAUACUCCCAACUUCUGUUCUUGCAAAUAUGACUGCCCAAAGCUAGAGACUAAUUGAAGAAAGAACAGUGUCGCUAUAAAUAAGCUGGAUCGAGUCAAAAACUUUUUAUAGUAUAUGUACGUUGUCCACACUUAAUUUUUAAUCGGAGCACUAAUCCAUCUUGGGAGUCAUGAUUAAUCUUUCCUUUCGUUGAAAGUAAUAAUUAAUUAUAAGACAC